AAUAAAAAUAUAAAAUAAAUCAAAAAAAUACAUGCUGACAAAAAACGUCAUUCAAAGCAGUGCACAUAUGUACAUAUAGCCAUUUUAGUAACUUUUCGACAUACGCCCAAAAGAAUAAAAUAAGCUUCAUAAAAAAAGCUUUGCAACAGAGGAGCAUGAGGCGGCAUUAUGCCUUUAUGUUGCCGAGCACUCGGCCAUCGCUCCAAUAGACCACCUUUCGCUUAUGUGUAUGCAACAGUUCAGCGACUGCAAAGCCGCCGUCGACAUAAAAUUCAAAAGGACUAAAUGCACACGAAUUAUAAACAACGUUUUGGCUCUGCACUUCAAUGAAGAUCUGCGCACGGACAUUGAAUCGUCCAAAUUUAGCCUUAUGCUGGAUGUGUUGGAUGUGACAAUACAUCUGACAACUAAAUAAAGAGUACCCCUGAUAUAAAUGUACCACACAUCUACUUGCAAUGAACACCCUGUGUCAUGAAGACCUUUUUCCAUCCCAACAGGAUGAGUCCACUGACAUAAGCGUGACAAAAUUACUUGCUACCCGGAGGGAAAAGGCCAUCCCUCUGCAAACGCAUCUGGGAAACCAGUGCCCAAAAAGACGGGGAAGGAGACUAAGUCGGUCCACCGUCUCGAGGCAGCAGGCGCUGUGAGGAGAGGACCGAAAAGCCAAUCGGGCCAAUCCACGUCGGGGGGCCCCAAGGGCGACCUGGUUACCUUGGGACCGGGAACCCCUUGACAACCCCGGCAGGCGGCGCCUCUGAUUCGAAAGAUAGGCCCAAGUUCCAAGACAAAAGACGUGCGGCCUUCAUCAUGGGCAACGACGACCCGGUGUUCCUGGCGUCUGCCCAGGGAAUCGAAUCGCGGCGAUGGGCCAAGACAGUCCUGCCCGACUACCAGCCAGCCAAAGCUGGCAAGGCCACAGCCAAGGCCCCAAGGAAGCGGCAACGCUCGGCGGAGGACACCGCCACACAAGUCCAACAGGCCAAGAGGACGAAGACACUGAGCAACCGCUCGUUUGCCGAGGUGGCGAGGGGAAAAACCCUGAUUGGAGUCCUAGACAGGGGCUCUAAAGACGGGCAGAUCCCUAGGGACAAGUGGCACCUCGUGGAAAACGAGCUCCAAGACCGUUUCCUCCAGGAGUUGGAGGAGAAUGGAGGACCACCGCCCAAGUGUGAGGACGCCGGAGGGCACCAAGGCAGGGUGAAAGCCAUCGCCUGCCAAGAUGCUCGCUCGGCGGCCCUCUACGCGAAGGCGGUAGCGUCGCUCAAGGAGGUCUACCCAGGAGCCCAGCUGGAGGUCGUGAAGUGGGAGGACAUCCCCAGCAAGCCGAGGGCCAGAGCGUGGGUCUCGGCGAAGCCUGCAGAGCCGGAUAAGAUUCUCCGGAUUCUGCAGGUCUGCAACCCCCACCUUCCCACAGCCGAUUGGAAGGUGGCCAAGGUAGAGGAGAGCAACGGGCAGAGGCGCCAAAUCAUCCUCGUCCUGAACGAGGAGUCGGUCAGACUUCUCCACGACACGGAGGGCGCUGUGGACUACGGCUACAAGAAGGUAGUCGUAGUACCGUACAAGUCCGACUCCAAAGGCAUGCAACCGACGGUCGAGCCAGACCUGGAGCCCCCGGAGAUCCCUAGUAUGGAGAUCAAGCCUGCGGUGUCAGACGUGGCAUCAGUGGUGUCGGAUGACAUCCUAGAUGGUUACGUGUCAGACGUGAGCGAUCUCACUAGGGAUCUCAAGCACAUCGGGGUCGCGGAGGAGUUGGACUCUUCGGAGACCGACCACGACAGGACAAUGGUGGAGGUGAACCUCAGGAAUGUCACUGAUACUCCUGCAGAUAAACCUCCACCAUUGUAAGGCAGCAUGCGUUGCUCUCUUGCUCCACCUAGCCAAGGGUGGAGCCGACAUAGUCCUCAUUCAGGAGCCCUGGAUCCUCGGAAACAGUGUCUCUGGUCUGAGGACUCCUGACUAUAAGCUAUACGUAGCUGACUCCGCAGCUAAAACUCGCACCUGCAUCCUUGCAAAAAGAGAUUUGCACUUAUUUUUGCUCCCAAAUUUCAGCAAUGAAGACCAAACAGCAGUGAGCCUCGAAGGCCAGGGGUGCUCACUGAGAAUCUGCUCCACGUACAUGGGUCACGACCAACCAGACCCCCUCCACAGGCGCUCAGGGCGCUAAUCACAGACUGCGAGGCCAAGGACACACUAAUCGUAGGGUGCGACGCCAAUGCACACCACUGCCAGUGGGGAAGCACUGACACCAACGAAAGGGGUGUUUGAAAUUCGUCACGUUGCUGGCUUUGUCUCUCCGAUCGAUCCUUCAGAUCUUCAGCGACUCUGACUUUGUUCAAACCGCUGAGAAGCUGUGUGUGAGGCUCGCGAUGAUGAAAAGGACCAGCGCCUAAUCGUCUUGCUUAGUCAGAUAUUGGACGUCAGGAGGAUGUCUUACUUUCAACAUC